GAAAGGAAUUACGGUCUGCAGAUUUCGGUAAAAUCCCAAAAAGGAGACAGACGGACAGGCCGAAGAAUUAAUACAUAACACGGCCCUUUGGCUGAAUUGGGAAAUCCCGAGGUUCUUUGGCCUCAGCACUGAUUGCGUAUAAAGUCCUGCUGUCUUUCCAUAUCUAACUUGGUCCUUAAUCCAUCUUUCGUUUUCUCAUUAUCACAGACAAUAUGUCCCUCUCUAACCGUCAGGUCAUCUACGCAAAUACGCCCUCGCCGGCCAUCAACCCCUCGUUGGACAACGGCACCUUCAAGCUAAACACCACCUCCCUCCCCAACGGCCGCAAUGAAUCCAUCCCCCAGGACAAAGUCCUCGUUCGCGUACACUAUCUCUCCCUCGACCCCGCCAUGCGCCAAUGGCUCACAGCCAAACGCUCCUACAUUGCUCCCGUCGAGCGCGGCAGCGUCAUGCGCGGCCAGAGCAUCGCCCAGGUCGUAGCCGUGGGCGCGGACCUCACAUCCCAAUACGCCUCGGGUGACUGGGUCGUUGCGUACUCGGGCUGGCAGGAGUAUGCGCUUCUGGGGGCUAAGGAGGCGCAGAAGGUUACCGUGCCGGCUGGUGGUCGGCCUACGGACGCCAUGUCUGUUCUGGGCAUGACGGGUCUCACGGCGUACUUUGGUAUGUUGGAGGUUGGGCAGCCGCAGCCUGGGAAUACGGUUGUUGUGUCUGGUGCGGCUGGUGCGACAGGUAUGGUUGCCGGACAGAUUGCGAAGAUCAAGGGUGCGAAGCGCGUUGUUGGAUUGGCUGGCAGCGCAGACAAGUGUGACUUCUUGGUUAAGGAGUUGGGCUUUGAUGCUGCUGUUAACUACAAGGAUGCGGAUUGGAAGAAGCAGUUGAAGGAGGCUACUCCGGAGUAUAUUGAUGUGUUCUUCGACAAUGUGGGAGGUGAGAUUCUCGAUGCUUGUCUGGCACGCGCGGCUCGCGAUGCUCGGUUUGCCAUUUGCGGUGCCAUCAGUCAAUACAAUGCUGCCAAGCCGCAGGGUCCGGCCAGUUUCAUGACGGUUAUUUCGCAACGAGUCACCAUGAAGGGAUUUAUCGUGUUCGACUACGCAAAGAAAUACUCUACAGCCCUUAAUGAUCUGGCGACGUGGUUGUCGCAGGGUAAACUCAAACGCAGGGAGCACAUCGUCCCCGGAGGUCUGGAGGCGGCACCACGGGCAUUGGUGAACUUGUACGAGGGCGCAAAUACGGGCAAGAUGAUGGUUGAGGUUACUCCAGUUGAGGAGAAGGCUCGACUGUGAGCGUGAUUGUAUAUUAAUCGUAAUGUCCGAAUCCAAGUAUACCCGUCGACGUCAUACUGAUCCAAGCGGAUUGAUACUGAACAAGAACUACAUAAAACCGCGUGGUUUAUUCAAUUUAAUUUUUCUGUAUUC